CAUUACAAAUAGCAACCAAGAAGAGACCGGACCGAACCGUUGCCAGUCGUCUAGUCCUGUGCAAAUCUUGAACCAGUACACUUCGGCAGUAGCUCCUCCAACACCGUUUCUACCAACGCAGCAGUUAGCUAAAACGGACGGAAACGUACCCAUCAGACUGUCCGAGGAGGAUGACAGCCCAAACGAAGGAUUCCAAACACGUCAAGUGCGAAAUUCGAUUCGAUAACAGUUCGUCCGGGGUUUAUCGACCGGGAGAUACCGUCAACGGGACCAUUGUGAUUACUUUGGAUAAAAAGAAGAAAUUUCGAGGUAUCUGCCUACGUAUCAAUGGAUUCGCCAGCAGCUUCUGGGAUGCCAAAGUCAAAAUCGAUUCCGGCAACAAGGUUCGCAAAACGGCUUUCAAAGGCCGAGAGAACUACUUCAGCACCAUAAACUACUUCGUGGGAUCGGACGUCGGCAAUCCGCUGGAAGUACCGGCCGGUACCUACACGUAUCCGUUCUCCUGUCAAAUUCCACCGCAUGCUCCGGCAUCCAUGGAAAGUAGUUAUGGUCACAUCAGAUACCUGGUAAAGCUGUCUUUCGAGCGACCAUGGAAGAACGACAUCGUCUACCAGCAGGACAUCGUCGUCCGUGGCAAUUCGGAUUUGAAUCUUAACGCAGCAGAACUCUCCAAACCUACCAAAGCGGAAGCGAUGACCUCGUUCUAUUUCGGACUGACAGAACCGCUGAUUGUUACGGCCACAACUCCACGGUCCGGAUAUGUCCCUGGAGACGUCAUAGAGCUCACCAUGCAUGUCAACAACCAGAGCAGCGUAGAUGUUAAAUCUAUCGCCGUUAAACUCCAGCGAGUCGACACCUUCACUAGUCAGGUACCACGGGUUGAACAACGUCAAGAGUUCACAGUGCUGGAGGAACGAAUCACCGGAAAGAUAGCCAAAAGGCAGGAUGCCAAGAUCGAGGAGAACAUCCUGAUUGGACCAGGAAUUCCUUCCGACGAUGUCCACUGUCGGGUGAUCCAGGUUAAAUACGAAUUGGACAUCGUGGUACAACCGAUCCGAUCGCGCAAGAAGCUUUCGCUGAAGCUGCCAAUUGUUCUCGGCACAACCGCCAUCACCAACAAUGGCCACCUGCCCAACCGAGCCCUGGAGAAGCAACAGGAAGCGUUGCUGGGAUAUGCUCCGUCGGCACCGACGGCCUCCGAAGUCGAUGACAACCAGGGUGCACCUCCGUCGUACAUAGAUCUUCAAGCGGCGCUGGCCAGUACGUCAUGUUCGUACUCUGUGGCGUCGGAUAUUACUGCGGAUGAGGCCAUUUCGGAAGCUGACGGCGCGAACCGGACGGGACCGUACGAACCGCGAGAGUUUUAGCUAGGGAUAGUUAUAGUACGUCGUCAGCUCGUACCUGUUGGUCAACGAUAGUUUCUAAGAUCAAUACUGUAAAUGGAUUUAGCUGUAUCUAUAUAUAACUGAAAUGCUCGUAGUUUUAUGUUAUUGUUAAAAACGUUAUUGGUUUUUGAAAAGUAAUGAAAUAAACGUGAAUGAAAGA